UUCCUGAGAGGAGCGGCAAAACUCACCGGAUGUGACGUCGCCAAUUUAAAACGCGGGAGCUUGAGCACUCGUGACCAGUGGGAAACCUUUCAGUAAGGAAGAAAACAUGAAGAUUUAUUUCUGCGGAAGUAUCCGUGGCGGCAGGGACGACGUGCAUCUCUACCAGAAAAUAGUCCAGAAACUUCAAACUUUCGGAACCGUCCUAACCGAACACGUCAGCUGCAGCACGCUCACGGACAAAGGAGAGGGUCGUUUAGGUGACCGAGAGAUUCAUGAUCGGGACUUGGACUGGCUCACACAAGCUGAUGUGGUCGUCGCCGAGGUGACGCAGCCGUCGCUGGGCGUGGGCUACGAGCUUGGCCACGCAUACAUCACGAGGAAGAGGAUCUUGUGUCUCUUCCGACCUUCAUCAGGACGCACGUUGUCAGCCAUGAUCCGAGGGGCGGACAAUGGCGAGCUGAUGAUGGUGCGAGACUACGAUGAGGAGCACCUGGACCAGAUUCUAGACCAGUUUUUUGAAACAAAGCCAGUCUAACAACUCUGAAUUCUACCUCCUGCUUAAGUCUUUUAUUUUGAAGGUCACUCCUACUGUUCGAGUAACUGACUUCCUGGCCACUAUCGCAAUAAACUUAAGUUGAAAAUCUUU